CACAGUAAUUAGGUGAUACUACAUUUUUUAAAUAUGAAACAAUGAAAAGCAAGAAAAGGGGUUUUCGCUCCCAAUUUUAAGGGGAUUCGUAUCAAAUCUGUUUUUUUAGCAUACAUCUAUUCCUCACGGUGUAAAAUCUUGAGGUGCUUCUCACCCAGCACCCCCGGGGGCUUCCCAGCUGACUAUGGACUUCGGAUUGGACUUUGGUCUCCGCUGAAAGUAAAGAAAACACAACAUUAAAGUUAAGCUGAUCCUCUGACACUGACGUAUAUACAAUAAUAUCCAUGAGUAAAGAGUGGAUGACAAAAUGGGAGAAUUCGAAGGCAAAGUGGUGUUAAUAACUGGGGCCAGCUCAGGGAUUGGAGCUGAGACUGCCCUUGAAUUUGCUUCGUCGGGAGCCAGUCUCGUGUUAGUGGGUCGAGAUGAAGAAAGGCUCGAGAAAUAUGCACAGGACUGCUUGGCUAAGGGCCUUACAAAGGAAAAGGUUCUCACUAUCAAGGCUGAUAUGUGUGUAGAAGAUGACGUGAAGAGGAUCAUGGAAUCAACUAUCACACACUUUGGGAGAUUAGAUGUCUUGGUCAAUAAUGCAGGAGCUUGCGUGUUAUCAUCCCUAUCCAGUGAGAAUCUGAUGGAGACUUAUGAUCACAUGAUCAAACUCAACGUCAGGUCCGUUCUCCAGAUUACCAACCUAGCAGCUCCUCACUUGAUCGAGUCUAAAGGGUGUGUAGUGAAUGUUUCCAGUAUCUGUGGAAAGCGAGUGGUGCCCGGUAUGUUGGCUUACAACAUUUCAAAAGCUGCUAUUGACCAGUUUACAAGAUGUACUGCCUUAGAUUUGGCUGCCAAAGGUGUACGAGUAAAUGCAGUCAACCCUGGUGCUAUCAUGACUCCCCUUCAGACAGUUUUUGGAAUGUCAGCUGAGGACAACCAUGAGCGAGCCCGUAAAGUUCACCCAAUGGGUCGAGCGGGAGAAGUGAACGAAGUGGCACCCGCAAUCAAGUUCCUCGCUUCCAACGCAGCAUCCUUCAUCACUGGAGAAACCCUGUCCAUAGAUGGCGGCAGACACGUUUCAUGCGCUCGAUAAUAAUUUAAAACAAUAAUAAUAAUAAAAA